CGCACGCACACAUGCGCACCGCGCUGUUGUGUUGGUGCAAACAUUCGUGAAGCUCGCGUCGUAUACAUCGCGCUCAACUUGAUAAUCAAUUAUUUGUUAUUCGCAUUCUUCACAAUAAGACGCUAUAAUAUAAACCUUCGUCAAACAUAAAGUGAUCUCCAACAACUCUGAGAGGUUUCGUGCCAUUACAUGUACUUGUACAGCACAGUGCCAACAGUUCGGUGCAGUCGGCGACGCGGUCUGACACCGCGCCGGGGUGUGAGUUUCAAUAGUAAGGUGUAACAGUUCCUCCACUCCUUGCACGCAAACAGAUUCCUGGAGAUUCCUCGCUCCGGUACAAUAUAACGAAGUGCCGGGUCUAGUGUGGGAGUGGCGUGAUGUGCUCGCUGCGCGCCUGAGCCAGCGAUGGGGUCGCGCGGCGGAGGCACGGGGCGCUCGCGCGGGGACACGCAGCGCGCGCUCGAUGAAUUCGACGAGCUGGCGGGGCUCCGCGGCGCGGGCGCCGGCGGCGACAGCGCCAGCCAGGCCGAGCGCAGCGUGUACGUGCUCGAGCACUUGGCCACCUUCACCGUCACCCGGGAGACCGGCAUCGUGUAUCCCGCCGAUGGCAUGCGAAGACUGCUACAGCUAGAGAAAACCAACGGAAUAUGGAGCCAAAAAAUGCAAUUAUGUCUGGAGGGUUCGUGGGUACUGGUCAUGGACUACGAAACAGGAUCGAUAAUGGAACGCUUCCCCGCGUCUUGGGUGCACACCCCAACUGCAUUCACAUCGCCGGAGCCCGCCGAGCUGUACAACAACGUGCUGGCGUUCGUGGUGGGCGCGGCAGAGGGCGCGGGCGGGCCAGGCACGCCCGGCGGGGCGGGGGGCGCACCGCGCCGCGAGCUUCACAUCUUCCAGUGCCACGACGUGAGCGCGCAGGUGCUCGUGGAGGAGCUCAAUGCGCUCAAGGGUGUGACGGGAGGUGGCCCCGGCGACGGCGGACGAGACUUCAUCAUCGAGAGAGAGCGCGAACGAGAGCGGGAGAAUGAUGGCGAGCGGCCGCGGAGACAGCAAAUGUCGGCGCAGCUCGGGCGCGGCGAGCGCGGCGGCAGCGGCGGCGAGCGGGACGACGCGUCGUCUACGGGCUCGGAGCGGCUGUACGAGCAGGACAUCGCCAUCCUCAACCGCUGCUUCGACGACAUCGAGAAGUUCAUCGCGCGGCUGCAGCACGCGGCGGCGGCGCAGCGCGAGCUCGAAAGGCGACGGCGUUCCCGCGGCGGCCGGCGUGGGACAGGCAGCGGUGGUGCUAACGCGGGCGAGGGCAUGCUGGCGCUGCGCACGCGGCCGCCGCCGGAGCGGGACUUCGUGGACGUGCUGCAGAAGUUCAAGCUGUCGUUCAACUUGCUGGCUCGCCUGCGCGCGCACAUCCACGACCCCAACGCGCCGGAGCUGGUGCACUUCCUGUUCACUCCGCUGGCGCUGAUCGUGGACGCGGCGCAGGACACGGCGGACGGCCGCCUGCCGUCGCGCGUCGUGCAGCCGCUGCUGACGCGGGACGCGCUCAACCUGCUCGCCAACUGCGUCACCAGCAAGGAGACCGAGCUGUGGCACUCGCUGGGCGACGCCUGGCUCAUACCCAGGGAACAAUGGAAGACAACCAUCCCGCCGUACCAGCCAGUGUUCAUGGACGGCUGGAGCCCCGACUACCAGGUGGACGACCAGCCGCUGCGGAGGUCGUCUCCGCGCCGCAGCUCGGGCGGACGCGCCGAGCUGGCGGCCGCCGAGCCCGCCGCGUACGAGCGCUAUGAGCGCGACGAGCCCGACAUGUAUGCUGAGCAAUACGCGCCCUACCCCAGGAACAUGCGCGGUAUGGGGCGCGACGACUCAGGCAGCGCGGCCUCCUCGCCCGACAGGGAGCCCUACCGGGGCGACCGGGACGACGAUGACCUGGGCGAGGCGUGGGCGCGCGGCGUGAUGGCGCGCGGCGGCCGCGUCGUGCGCGUCACGUACCCGCGCACCGCCAACAACGACAAGGAGCUCACCGUCGUGCGCGGCGAGUACCUCGAGGUGCUGGACGACUCCCGCAAGUGGUGGAAGGCGCGCAACCGGCGCGGCGUGACGGCGCACGUGCCCCACACUAUCGUGGCGCCGGCGAGCUCGCCGCCCGCCUCGCCGCACCUCUACCCCAACCCCAUCUACACACACUACCAGGAGAACGCAGGCGGGCGCGGCUCCGGCGGCAGCAGUCCCACAGGGCCCACGGAGCGAGCGAUGCCGCCUCCCCCGCCGCCCCCGCCGCCGCCACCCCCCGGCCCCGCCUUUACCCGCCCCCGUGUUCGCCGCUCCACCACCCCCCCGCACCACCUCUGACACCGUCAAAUCGACCAAGUCAAUGAUGGGCCAAAACGACGGGCUGCAGGAGGAACUGAAGUUGGUGCUGCCAGCCAUCCAGCAGCGAAAAAAUAAACUCGACA